AUGGUUUUCUUCUAUGCACUCAUUCAGGUUGAAGUGAAAAUUGAUACCUCUCGAGAAGCAUCUAAAGAUAGUGUCCUUGCCAACUUUGGCAUAGAAGCAGCAUUAUAUGACACCAGGAGCUGGUACAGCCAUGAUGGAAUUAGCGAUCUGCUUUCAUCUAAUGUGGCUAAUAUAAAGCUCAGUCCCUCUAGUGCAAGUGUAGACUUUCCUGGUUAUGUGCUUGAGGGAAAACUUGAAAUGCCAAGGCUUUGGUCUGCAGAGCAACCAAAUUUGUAUACUCUUGUUGUCAUCCUCAAAGAUGCAUCUGGCCUUGUAGUGGAUUGUGAAUCAUGCCUUGUCGGCAUACGACAAGUAUCAAAAGCUCCCAAACAAUUACUUGUUAACGGCCAUCCAGUUGUAAUAAGAGGUGUUAAUAGGCAUGAACAUCAUCCACGUCUGGGGAAGACAAACUUGGAGUCAUGCAUGAUUAAGGAUUUGGUUCUGAUGAAGCAAAACAAUAUAAAUGCUGUAAGAAACAGCCACUAUCCCCAACAUCCCCGUUGGUACGAAUUGUGUGAUUUAUUUGGCAUGUACAUGAUAGACGAAGCGAAUAUUGAGACACAUGGCUUCUACUUUUCGGGACAUCUGAAGCAUCCUGCUUCAGAACCAAGUUGGGCUACUGCUAUGUUGGAUCGUGUGAUAGGCAUGGUAGAGAGAGACAAAAAUCAUGCUUCCAUUAUUUGCUGGUCUUUAGGAAAUGAGGCUGGAUACGGUCCUAAUCAUUCUGCUUCAGCUGGUUGGAUUCGAGGAAAUGAUCCCUCGCGGCUAAUUCACUAUGAAGGAGGUGGAUCCAGAACUCCAUCUACUGAUAUUGUAUGCCCAAUGUAUAUGCGUGUCUGGGACAUAGUGAAGAUUGCAAAAAAUCCAGCUGAAACACGUCCUUUGAUAUUAUGCGAGUAUUCACAUGCAAUGGGAAACAGCAAUGGAAAUCUUCAUGAAUAUUGGGAAGCAAUUGAUAACACAUUUGGUCUCCAAGGAGGCUUUAUCUGGGAUUGGGCCGACCUGGGAUUAUUGAAAGAGAGUGCUGAUGGUAGUAAACGUUGGGCAUAUGGAGGUGAUUUUGGGGAUACACCUAAUGAUUUGAACUUCUGUUUGAAUGGCUUAAUAUGGCCAGAUCGAACUCCUCAUCCUGCAUUACACGAAGUUAAGUAUCUCUAUCAAACAAUCAAGGUUUCCAUAAGAGAAAGCAUGGUCAAGAUAACCAACACUAAUUUUUUUGAAACAACGGAACAAUUGCAUUUCACCUGGGUUCUUCAUGGGGAUGGUUGUAUGCUUGGAUCUGGAGUUCUAUCUCUUCCCGUGAUACAACCCCAGAGCAGUUAUGAUAUAGAAUUGAAGUCGAGUCCAUGGUAUUCUCAAUGGGCUUCUUGUUCUGCAGAAGAAAUUUUUUUGACUAUAACUGGUAAACUUUUGGACUCUACACGCUGGGUUGAAGCUGGCCAUGUCGUUUCUUCUACACAAGUCCAAUUGCCUUCCAAAAGAGAAACUAUUCGUCAUGUCAUCAAAACUGGAGGUGCUGUUAUUCGCCACGAAACUAUUGGGGAUACAAUUCUGGUCAGCCACCAGAAUGAUUGGGAGAUAAAAUUUGACAUUCAGACCGGAGCUGUUGAAAGCUGGAAGGUUAAUGGAGUUCCUGUGAUGAACAAAGGCAUAUUUCCAUGCUUCUGGAGGGCACCUACAGAUAAUGACAAAGGGGGCGGUGAAAGUAGUUACUACUCCAAGUGGAAAGCUGCUCAUAUUGAUAGCCUUCUUUUUCAUACAAAGGGCUGUUCCACACAGAAUGUUACAGACGAUCUUGUGAAGAUAGCAGUGGUUUACUUUGGUGUGCCUAAGGGCGAGGGUUCCUCCUCUGAAAAGGAAAAACCAAAUGCUUUAUUUGAAAUUGAAUUGGUUUAUACAAUAUAUGGUUCUGGGAAUGUCAUUAUCGAAUGCAAUGUUAAACCAAAUGCUGAUCUUCCACCUUGGCCACGUGUUGGAGUUGAAUUCCACUUAGAAAAAUCAAUGGAAAAUAUCAAAUGGUAUGGUAGAGGACCGUUUGAAUGUUAUCCUGAUAGAAAAGCUGCGGCACAUGUUGGAGUAUAUGAUCAGAAAGUGGGUGACUUGCAUGUACCUUAUAUUGUUCCUGGUGAAUGUGGGGGUAGGGCAGAUGUUAGAUGGGUGACAUUCCAAAACAAGGAGGGUUUUGGAAUUUAUGCUUCAAUGUAUGACAACUCACCCCCCAUGCAGAUGAAUGCAAGUUACUACACAACCACAGAGCUUGACCGUGCAACACACAAUGAGGAUCUCUUAAAAGGAGAUAUCAUCGAGGUGCAUCUUGACCACAAACAUAUGGGUCUAGGAGGGGACGAUAGCUGGACGCCGUGUGUCCACGAUAAGUAUCUCAUUCCUGGUGUACCUUACUCAUUCUGUAUUAGGUUAUGCCCAUUAACUGCAGCCACAUCUGGCCAUGACAUCUACAGGUCCCAACUUCAGAACUAAGUCCUUUGAACAGAUUGUGUUACUUGAUACUUCAAUAAGAAUAAAUGAUGAUGAUGCGUGUUGCCGUUGUGCAUAUUGAAAGGUUCUCCUCAAGAUCUUUUGCUUUUUGUGACAGAAGUAGUUUUUCAUUUUCAUUGUAAACUGUAGUAGUUUUCCCCUUGUAGGAUAUUCUGGGCUGGUUAUGUGGUUCAAAAUGCUGUGUUCGAGAAUCCAUUUUCUGGG